AUGGCCGAAAGCCUGGCCGCCGCGGCCGACGGCUGCGCGGAGCGGCUGCCCAUGCUCUGCCGUGCAGCUUCCCGCUACCGCGUUUUCAUUAACCUAGAUGAUCCGCCGGGUCGCAAGAUGCCACCCAGGGCCAUCCCCAACGCCCAGUCUCGAUCCAGUGUUUGGACCGAUUACAGCGUAACCCCUGGUACAGGAAACCACAAGGUCUCGGAUAGUCGUAGCAGCUUCUCGUCUUGCUGUUCAUCGACCUUCUCCGCUGGGCACUCGAGGAUCUCUUCUAUCUCAACCAUCAAUGGGAGCCACCACUUGGGCUCUGGAAUCGCCGACUUGGAGGCUAAACUGGAACGUCUCCCGAGACUGACAGCACCUCCGCCGCCAGCUGCCCCUACACCUUCUCCCAAGCCGGAAGUCCAGUUGCCCCGAGCUGUUGGAGCAACUUCCGCUGGGACAUUAUCCUGCAGCAGCCCAUCUGACUCACUCUUGGAGGCUCGGAUGAUGAAGCGCAGGCGUGGCCAUCUAUCUCAAGACCAAAGCAACUUCAAGCCCAGAGACCACUUCUUGCAUUCUUUGGACCGCGCCCAUAAGCGUACCAUCUCUGCACCCAACCCCCCUCAAAGCUCUGCUUCAGCUUUCACCCGCAUCCCUACGACUUUGCCGUCGCUCGCAUCCGGGCAUUUCGAGGCAACAUUGUCGCCAUCGCCUCGCCUCAGCAUCGCCCAUCAACGUGCAGGUUCUGAGCACAAUCAGUGGUGUCGCCUGGAAGAGAUCUCGCCAACUGCUAGUAUGGCCAGGAGGUCUCCUUCGCGUGAGAUUCACGAUAACGAGAGAGCCAUGUCCACCAACGAUAUUCAAGCUGCUUCUCGCGGCGCCAUGCCUCAAGCUGGCCCCAACGAUCGCGUCCUCACAGCUUGCCGCCGCUUCAGAAAGGUGGAGGUGAACAAGCCUCUCGAAGGAGGCGAUAUUUGCAUGGCAGUCGAGAACUGUACCACAGGUUCCGUCCCACGAAAGGUCAUUUCCCACCUUUUUGGUCGCAACAAGGUCUGCACUCGCCGCAUCCCUGAACGGGUCUGGGUCUGCAUGUGCCGCAAGCAUUACCAACGAAUGCGGUACCGAAAGGGUGCAGACUUCAGCGUGACGCAGAUCGGGAUGGUCUAUGAGCAGAUUGUUCGCAUGAUCUUCUGGAGCCGAGGUUUGGAAAGCGCCAACAGAGUCAACCAAGAGGCCAUUACCAUUCGAUCCUGGACAUUCUCAAUCCGCAAGCGGGAGCUUAAGCGUCUCGUUGACACCAACGGGCGGGACCUUGUUCCUCGAUGGAUUGUUCAGAGCCUCGGAGAUGGAAAGACUCAUGACGAGAUCCUCGAUAUUGUCGAACGCCUACACCAUGAGAUUCAACAAGGUAUCCUGAAGGAUGUCCCCCCUGUCGAGUUUCUUCCCGAAGUUGUCGACGCCUACACCAACGUUCCUGCCCAGCUCUCCACUCACAUCAACCGCGAGAGUUCCAAUGAGGUUGACGUGUCAGCCAUCAACCGGUCUGGCCGCCUGGGGCAGCUUGGAGAGGCUACAGAGUCUCCCAUCUCUUUUGUCAAGGACUCUUCACCCCUCGAACCCGUCCAAGAGGAAGGGUCCAUGAGCGAGCGCAGCAGCGAAGCCUUUUCUUCGCCCACUCCCCCCGCAACUUUUGACGAUCGCCAGUACGGGCUCAGGCCUGGCCAUCACAACCAGCAGCAGGCCGAUGAUGCACACAGCCACACGGCCAACUACGCGUUCGGAGCCAGAUCCCCCCUUGUCGGCUCUGGCAUGACUGCGUUCGCCGACAGACGCGGUAGCGUCCCCUAUUAUGACAGUCAGAACCCAACACAACCCUCACUGAAUCACUUCGGUAUUAAUUAUCAACUGCAGGCACCAGCGAGCGAUCCCCGAGGAUCACACGAUAGCGUGUUCCAUGCUCCGGGCACCUAUGCAGGUGGCGGCCAACGGGGCCCAACUGAUUUUGUGCUGAUUGAUAGACCCUCCAGCUAUUUGAACACUUCGGAAAUAAUGCCACAGGGAGGCUACGAGAUGCAUACCGCAGGCUACGGUAACCUUGGCACUCGUGAAGCCCACGGCCUGUAUGGUACACCAGGUGAAUACCAGACCCCGCCCAUCUACUUCAACCACCCUCAGCGAGUUGCCCCGGCACGGGCUCAAGAGGACGAACGGUACUACCAUGAGCCAUUGCCACCCCGCUCUCGGGUUAGCGCGGUAGAUCAAGAUGCUUUGCUGCUCUUGUCGAUUUCCGAAGAGCCGUCGACUGCUUACCAGCAGCCUCUUGAGGCUCAGGAUCUUGCCUGGUACCAUGGCGAAGCUGGGUCGAACGUCAGCGCCGGCCGCACCGUGAACCAGGCUCCGUGGCAGUCUGCGGCCCACAGCUACGAGGAUGGUUCUCCCAGCUUGCGUCAACGCCCGGGAAAUUACUCGCCUGACCGAGAGGCGACUGUCUCUCACAGCCCUGGUUGCCAUCCUCACCAUCGUGGCAUGGGCGGAUUUGACGACAACCAUUCCCGCGGCCAUCAUUCUGGCUACCAGCCAGACGAACCGAUUGGCGACGAUGAGUAA